AUGGAGGUGAUUAUUCUGGGCGCUGGUGGUGGUCCUAUGGAAGACAAUACGACCGCACUUCUCAUUCGUUCCACCUCCACUUCCUGGGGACCGAAUUCAGUAUUAGCUGUCGACGCAGGUGUCCAUUUGGCUGCGAUAUCCAGGAUUUUGGAGCAACACUCUCCGGUUUCUUCUACCGAUCCUCUUCCUACUACCAUAUCCUCGGGACCGUUCAAGGACCUAAAAAUCAAGAACCGAAAUCCAAAUGCCAAUGCUAUUGAUCUCGUGAAAGAUGUUAUUGGGACGCAUCUCAUAACGCACCCACAUCUUGACCAUAUUUCAGCCUUCGUAAUAAACACGGCUGGUUUUAAUUCCGCUGAGAGGAAGACUCUGGCAGGAAUGCCAACCACUAUUGAAGCAUUCAAAACGCACAUUUUCAAUGGUAUCAUCUGGCCAAAUCUUUCCGACGAAAACGGCGGCUUCUCAUUGGUGACAUACCUUAGAAUGAUUCCAGGAGGCAGUCCUCUCGUACCCGAUGGUGGAUAUGUCAAGCUUUGCGAAGGCCUGCACGCAAAAGGAGUAUACAUUGCCCACGGACAUUGUAGAGAAAGACAUUUCAGAGAACCCGAUCUUUCGCUGGCUGGCUUACCUCACACCCCUCGAUCACCGGCUUCUCCUCAGCAGCCCGUCCCUACACGCCACGUGCAUGGACAUACAGCACAGGCUCUCGCGCAAGAUGGACCUGCAAGUGAGUUCCAUCACAGCGUGCCGGAAUCUGAUACCAUAAACACACACCUUGGCGCGAGAUGUGUCACUGAUAGUACCGCCUUCUUCAUUCGCGACGUUGCAAGCGAGCAAGAGAUUAUCGUUUUCGGAGAUCUCGAAUCUGACUCUACUUCUGGAAAAGACCUUAACCGAAAGCUCUGGAUCGAAGCGGCACCAAAGAUGGCCGCAGGGCUAUUGAAAGGUUUAGUCAUUGAGUGUUCCUACAGUAAUUCUAGACCCGAUGCAUUACUCUUUGGCCAUCUUACUCCCUUCUACCUCUUCGAGGAGCUCCAGGUCUUGGCGGGGUUUGUUGAGGAUAACAACAUCAAUUCUCUUCGAAACCUCCAGAUUGGUCUUAGAAGUACAAGUGUCACGGCUCGAGAAGGGCCUCGGCCGGCUUCACUUACAUUGAGACCAAAUGCUAAUGCAAGCUCUUCAACGUCUGGAAGGUGGAAUCGUCCACUUGACGGCCUCAAGAUUGUAAUUAUCCAUGUUAAAGAAACUCUGGACGAUGGACCGAGUGUCAAUGAUACUAUAUUGAGCGAAUGCGUCGAGCUGGAGACAUGCUACAAAUGCAAAUUCCACUGCUUGAAAAACCAGCCUAAACUAGUGAUACCUGAUAAAUCCAACUUCUGGUUCGAGACUUAUAGAGAGUAUCUGUGUCCCAUUUCCGUCCUUCGAGUUCCCGAUCCUGUGAAAAAAUAUCAACCUAUCAACGCAAAUCUUUCAUACCACCAGUACCCAGAUAUGGAUGCCGGCAAGGGUCCUGGGAUAGGAUCGAAUGCAGGGCAAGGCUCGUUGGAUUAUUUGGAUUCAACUAUGGCAGAUGAAGAGCAGCAAAUGAAUUUUGAGAAUCUUGAAGAUGAAGAUCUGUUUGAUGACGAAGAGGAAAGUUGGGAAGAUGCUGAAGAGUAUCCAGACAUUGAGCGUGUCGAGGACGAAGCUCUUUUCGAUGACGGAGAGCAGAGUUCGGACGUUGUUGAGUAUGAGGAUCUUUUCGAGAGUGCCGAGGGAGAAUAUUCCGGGGAGACUGACGAAGAUGGAGUUGGAGUUUGGACGGGAUCCAGACCUACGACGAGGUCUAAUUCAAUAGACUAUCCAAAAGCGCAAAUGGCGGCUGGCAGAGAAGAAACUAAGGACAAAGUCGACGAUUCAUACUCAACGUACAACCACCAGAAUUCCGUUGUCAGCAACGAUGAUAUGGAUAUGGAUUUGCAGGUGCCACCACCAGUUGCAAGACGACGAAAUUCGGGACUCAGAAGUCUAGGUACACCCAUAUCACCUCUUGGUAGCCUGCCAAAUGAUCGUCCAACAAUAAGUGAAGAAGCUCUUCAGCUAAGGGAAUUUCUCAACCGUGGAACGAAAAUAUUGCCUAGUCGUUCAGAAGCCCAACCAAAAGACUUCAGCCUCUGUCCUCCUGAGUUUUCAAAUUUUCUACGCUCAUCAUCUCCAAUCACUCAUCCAAAGCUCGCAGCCGAUAAAGCUCACCAAAAGAGUAAAUCACAUCCUCCCAAAUCAGCAAUAAGACACCCCUUUAGAACCAGACAUCGCCCAAAUACUCCAAAAAAACGAACAUCACAUCGCCUAAACACGGCCCCUUCGAGCGAUGAAGUGUCUACAAAAGCCAACUCCCUCCCAAUUAGAAAGUGGAGUUCACCAAGCAUCUCUCCAGUUCCACGACCACGAGUUUCGGCAUCCAGAUGUCCAGGCACUUUGACAAGAACUUCUCCACCAAGUUCUGAAGCAUCGAAUGACCCUGACGAUGCAUUAAUGCAGUUACGAACUUUCCUAGCACGCAUGAGUAACUCAGCCAGUCCACCAUCUUCACCUAGACCUUCUGAUGCAAAAUUGCCAUCUUCAGGUGGGGUAGCAAUGCAAAGAGAGAACUCGCCACCUCCAGAGCAGCGAUAUCGAGACCAAGAUGAAGGUUUUUUUGAGGAAGAUGAAGAACCUAGUAAUUACUCAUGUCUUCACAAGAUCCUCUUCCCACCUCCACUCCCUAAAAUUCGAUUACGACCUUCUCUGAGGCAAAUCGAGCAAGAAAAUGAAUUUGAGACACGACCAGCACCAGUCAGUUUCGACAUGCCAUAUCUUCGUAUCGCGGUCACUUGCCAUAGCAAUCCAGACCUCUAUUUAAAAUACUCAGCCCGUCAGGCUCGACGUCGAACGCCGAGGGCUGCGAGUAAAUUUCUAAUCGAUAAAUGGGACCGGAUCAUGGAAAGAUCAACGGGUGGUCGGAGAUGGAGGGUUUACAAACGAAGUCCGCUUUGUAUCGAGUUUAAUCGUUUCACGUGUGUCAGCAUAUUUGGAAGAGUUAAGCAGGAAUGGGGGAGACGGCUAUGGCCUAGUAGGGGAUAUGCUGCGGAUGAUGAGGAUAGCAGACUUGAUGAGUGGGGGUUGAGGUGA